AUGUCGACCACCAAACAGAUGCUCACAUGUGUUCAGGAAGGCGAUUGGUUCACGUCAAUCGACCUGAAAGACGCUUAUUUUCAUGUCCCGGUCAUCCCGGCGCACAGAAAAUACCUGCGUUUUUUUUCUUCAGCAGACUCGGUACCAGUACAACCGUCUUCCUUUCGGUUACGCAUUGGCACCACGCACCUUCUCAAAAUGCGURGAGACAGCACUGCAGCCUCUGCGCUCAGCAGGAAUGAGAAUCCUGUUUUAUCUGGACGACUUGCUCCUGCUGGCUCCAUCCAGACAGGAAGCAGCGUCACAGACAGAGAAACUGUCAGCACACCUCAGGAUGCUGAGUUUUUCCAUAAACUGGAAAAAAAGUUCUCUCAUUCCGGCCCAAUCCAUCACGUAUCUGGGUGUGGAUCUGAACUCUGUCACCAUGACAGCUCAUCUGUCUCUAACCAGAAAAGAGACUCUGCUGUCGCUGUUAGCGCUUGUCAGACCCCGCAGGUCGGUGACAGCUCUAACUAUCAUGCGCCUUCUGGGCAUGAUGUCAGCAGCCCACGCGGUGGUUCCGCUCGGGCUGCUGCACACGAGACGUUUACAGCGGUGGUUCUCCCGGCUAAAGAUCGAUCCGAUACGCCACAAGCGCAGGAUCGUAUCGAUCCCCUCCUCAGUGGAGGCGGUUUUAAGCCACUGGAGGGACCCACACACACACUGUCAGCAGGAGUUCCCCUGAGCAGACCAACACACCACGUGCCGGUCUUCACAGACGCGUCUCUGUCGGG